GUACAGUAAAUGGAUGUGUUAAUCCAACUGAACUAUGUUUGAGUGGGUGGUUCUAUAUCUGGAACUGAGAAUCGGUGAGUACUGAUACGGUUCAGUAAAUUGAAAUCGGAUUUCCAGACCGGUCCAUAAGACCGUCGACUUUGGGCCAGUCCGGUCAGAUUCCGGGCGUUUCGGUUGCUUUGCACACCCUCUGCGACUCCUUUCCCCUAGCCACUUCUUCCUCGCCAUGGACUCGACGCGAAUAUAGCGCUGGUUUUUCUGUUGAUUGCUGCGUUAAAACUCUCUCUCUCUCUCUCUCUCUACCAUCGUGACUCUCGCCGUGAAUCUGAGCUGCCUUUCGAAUCUGGAGCAUUGAUUCCGAGGUAAUUGCCAAGAUAAGCACAUUAACAUGGAACAACAGAGGGUGGAAGCACCAGUUCCAGUAGGAAACCCGGAUGGAUCUGAUAUUGACUCCUCUGGCUCAGAUUAUGUGUCCCGGGUGAAGAACUUGUUGUUUCGUCGAAUGCUGGUGGGGAUUAAAGAUGGCCGGUUUUUCUUGGGUGCGUUCCACUGCAUUGACAAGCAAGGGAACAUUAUUCUUCAAGACGCUGUUGAGUAUCGCAGCACUCGGCGCUCUUCUCCUUCUCCAAUGGAACAGCGCUGCCUGGGUUUGAUUCUCAUACCUUCAUCUUGUCGUAUCUCUUGCCAUGUGGAUUGCUCUAUAGAAGAACAAUUGUCACUGCUUUCACUAAAUCAAUAGAGACCAGCUAUAUGGGAAACACAGGUGCUUGUAGAUAGGGGAGAACAGGAGUUGUUGCACACCGUAGCUUAGCAAAGACAAGCGUAGAUGUAACCGUUCUUUCAAGAAGGCAUGGUGGUGGAACUCUUUUGCAGGCAGAGGUUUCACGGUUGCUCCACUCCCACUCCCUUUUUCCUUAUAGGGUCGGUGCAAGUGAACAGACUUGGUGAAAUAUGGCCAUCAACAUUCUAUUGUCAAAAAGAGGGGAAAAAGUCCUUUUGUUUGACUUUGACAGUCACUAUUUCCUCCUGAUUUUGUUGAGAAAGGGGAUUUCUUUCUGCUUUCAAAUCUUUUGAUGAAUUCAUUCGCUUUAUCUCU